CAACAACAACAACAGCAGCAGCAGACUACAACAACAAAUACACCAUACUACACUGCUCCUAUCAAUCCUUCUAUUCAUCAAGAUUUUUUAAAUGCUAUUCAAGCUCGUCAUGCCAGUCAACCUACUGUACUCACAAGUCCAACUUCACCUGCUACAAGCAAUAGCGGUUUUAAUUUGAAUAUGGGAUCUUUGGCUGCACGAAGACAGCCGGCUGCAAAAACAAACACGCUUGCAUCUAUUGAACCAUCCAAAUUAAAUGCGCUGCUUACCCAAAAUAAUGACUCAUUGUUGGUUCUGGAUGUCCGCUCCUUUGUUCAAUAUUCACAUUCAAGAAUCCGUGGUUCUAUCAAUGUGUCUAUACCAAACACAAUUCUCAAGAGACCUACAUUCACACUAGACAAAGUCUAUGAAGCCAUUGUGCUAGACCAAGCACGCGAAAAACUAAGACGCUGGGAGUCGGCUAAACAUAUCGUAUUUUAUGAUCAGCAAUCACAAAUACUACAAGAAAACAGCGCUUCUGCAUUUUUAGGUGCUAAACUGGUCCGAGCAGGCUAUAAAGGCCAGUUGUAUUAUUUAAAGGGUGGCUUUGAUGCGUUUUCAGAGACCUUUAAAGAAAGUUGUGAAUCCAAUGCUACCUCACCACAGCCUACCAAUAAUAAUUUUGGUCCACCUACAAUAGGUGGCGAUAGCUUCUCAUUAAACUUGCCUUCCGCCAAGGGUCGACCUAAAUUACGGCUUAGUAAUAUGCCCACUGCCGCUCCUGUGCUUGGGCCAUUCACAGCUCCCAUGCCUCAGUUUGAAAACCAAGCAUUUAACCCCUUCUUCUCCAAUAUCCGUCAAAAUAUGGAGUUAUCACACGGCCCUAUCCGUGAACGGUUUCCUAUCAGAUUACCACCCCACUGUAGUCAGGUAGGAGAUGCUAUUCAACUCAGCGAUACCGUCAUUCCGCGUAAUAUGGAGGGUUGUCACAAAGAAAACAAUCUCUUUAAAGGUCCGGAAUGGCUACAACUCACACUUGGUGAAAAUGGUGCUCAAGUGUUGGCUGAAAUGUAUGAAAAACUGGAAAGAACAGAACAAAGAAGAUUGCAGAACAUCAUGCAUUUUCAUUCAAAACAUACAGACAAUCCUGCUGAAUUCCCUUUUAGUAUCGUUGCUGGUAUCGAAAUGGGUGCCUUGAAUCGAUACACAAACAUCUGGCCAUUUGAAUACACUCGAGUCAAGAUACGGGAAAAAUCUUCAGACUAUAUCAAUGCAAGUUAUGUUCAGUACAUUGAUAGUGAUGAAGGUGCUAGUGAUGCUCGACCUGAUCAGGUAAAUACGAAAUGUGUCAAGAUCAUGAAAGAAUGUGCAACAAAGAACGAUCAACCUUACCGUCGUUAUAUUUCCACACAAGGCCCAUUGCCUACUACAUUUAAUGACUUCUGGCAAGUGGUUUGGGAGCAAAACUCGCGUGUGUUAGUCAUGUUGACCAAAGAAGAAGAAAUGAACAAGAUCAAGUGCCAUCGAUACUGGCCCUCUGUCGUCAAUGCACCUACUAAAUAUGGUGAUGUAACUGUUGUACUUACUAAUGAAACUACACACAAAGUGACUCAAAUGAACCCUGACUAUGAUAAUGAAGAUGAUGUGGUCAUUAUUCGUGAUUUACUCAUCACAAAGGGUACCAUGCAACGACAGAUAAAGCAUCUUCAAUACACAGGCUGGAUGGAUUUCGGUGUGCCGGAUAACCCAUUGGGUACUUUACAGAUCAUCCAGAUGGCAGAUGAAGCUCAGGCGUCCAUGGAUCAAGUUGGGCCUAUGAUUGUCCAUUGUUCAGCUGGGUGUGGAAGAUCAGGUGCUUUUUGUGCUAUUGAUACUGUUUUGUACCGUUUGUCGCAUACAGAUAGUGCUUGCAAGAAGGAUAUAUUACUCGAGACAAUCUCUCGAUUUAGAGAACAACGUUUAAGUAUGGUUCAGACACUAAGACAAUUUGUUUUUUGCUAUGAAGCCAUUUGGUGGUGGUUUCUUGGUUACGGUAUAAACAAACCAAGCUUGACUACCAAAGAAGAUACAAUGGAUACCUCUUUAUAGAUCUGCUUGUUUGGAAUAUCUUUAUGAAUAAAAUAGAAUUACAAAUACAUUUAAAAAAAAUAGGAGAGGAGAGGAGAGGAGAGGA